UACAGCAUUUUUUAAUCUUAGUUCAUGUUCAUUUCAGCAUAUACUAAUAAAUUUUUUAAAAUCAAAAGUUGUAAUUGUUAACAUUAGUUAAUCCAAUAUGAACUAACAUGAACUAUUAUUGAACAAGUGUAUUUUUAUUAACUAACAUUAACAAAUAUUUAAAAAAUACACCCACCGAGCUCUUUAUUAGGAACACCUGUACAUCUACUUAUUCAUGCGAUUAUCUAACCAGCCAAUUGUGUGGCACCAGUGCAAUGCAUGUAUCAUGCAGAUACAGGUCAGGAGCUUCAGUUAAUGUUCACAUCAACCAUCAGAAUGGGGAAAAAAUGUGAUCUCAGUGAUUUGGAGCGUAGCAUGAUUGUUGGUGCCAGACGGGCUGGUUUGAGUAUUUCUGUAACUGCUGAUCUCCUGGGAUUUUCACAAACAACAGUCUCUAGAGUUUACUCAGAAUGAUGCCCAAAACAAAAAACAUCCAGUUAGCGGCAGUUCUGUGGAUGGAAACACCUUGUUGAUGACAGAGGUCAACAGAGAAUGGCCAGACUGGUUUGAGCUGACAGAAAGGCUAUGAUAACUCAGAUAACCCCUCUGUACAAAUGUAGUGAGCAGAAUAGCAUCUCAGAAUGCACAACAUUUCAAACCUUGAGGCGGAUGGGCUACAACAGCAGAAGACCACGAUGGGCACUUUUUUAGGGCAGUUGUGUUCCUAUAUAAGUGCUCAAUGAGUGUAUAUUGUUAACUCUUAGUUCAUGAUACUUAAUGCAUUGACUAAUGUUAACGAAUGGAACCUAACUGUAAAGUGUUACCAAUAAUUAUUUUUCUAGCAAGAUGUCAACUAUAUCAGCGUUUACAUGUUCGUUACUGUAUCUAUUCACUGUCCUUCUUCCUCAUUGAUCUCCUCUUCCUUUGUUCCUCUUAAGCAGAAAAACCUUGCUGAAAAAAGAUUGCUGGUCUUAGCUAGUCUCCCUAGUCAUUGUAGUCUGUUUGCUACUUUAAGAGAGGUUUAAGCCAUUUGUCAGCAGGGCUGACUGGGAGACCAGCUAAGACCAGAAUACCAGUUUAGGCUGGCUUAAACUGAGUACUGAAACUGAAACACACAAUAUAUGCAAAUAUCCAUGCUGUGAGAGAAAGAGACAUUAAAAAGGUUUCCCAAGAGGAUUACUGACCUUUUAUUUAUAUUAUAUGAGGUGUGUAAUGUGCUCUUGUAUGUCCCUCAUUCUGUGCACCAUUUCUGUUUAUUGUUUCUAGACUGUGUGUUCGACAUUAGUCCCAUUCAUCUUUAAGAGUAUUAUACCUGUAGCCUUAUGGCUUCUUACAUGUUUUCUAAAUGAAGUUGUAUACAUGCAUAUUUGUGUUUUAUAAUAAUUAUUUAGGCAAGCACCAGAAUUCAUUCAUUUCAAAUGAAUUAUUUCAGAUGCCAUCUGGCAUCUGCCUUUUAGAGAAGCCUAAUUAGUUUUUUUAUAGUUGAGAUAGACCUAAAUUUAAGCUCAACAGAGCAUGUGUUUCUUCUGAUGCUAGAAAACACAUUGGAGUUCUACUAUAACAAAUAGGAAGCUUCAUUGUUAACCCUUAUGUGGUCAAAUUGAUCCAUUUCAAAUUUUUACUAAAAAAAUGAUACAAGGAUAAAAAUUUUCAACCUGAAACUCCAUGGCUUUGGCUUAUUUUCUGUGAAGAACAUGUAAAAGAAAACAAAAUUCAUUGAGUACACAUGCUACAAUGCCCCCACACAUUCAUGUCUUUCAUACGAUGUUCAUAGAGACAUACACAUAGCGACACAAAGACAGACACACAGAAACAUGCACACAUGCACACACACACACACACACACACACACACACACACACACACACACUCACACAUAGAGAGAGAGAGAGAGAGAGAGAGAGAGAGCACACACACAGAUAGAGAGAGAGACAUACACACAAAUACACCUGCUACAUUGUUACAAUCCAAGCACCGAGAAGCUGUCUGCUCCCGCUUUUCUGCUGUCUUUACCCUCUGUAGUGUGGGAACCUACAGAGACACACAGACAGACACACAGAAACAUGCACACAUGCACGCACACACACACACACACACACACACACACACACACACACACACACAUGUUGGUGCAGCUAUCAUUAUGAGGACUCUCCAUAGACAUAAUGAUUUUUAUACUGUACAAACUAUAGAUUCUAUCCCCUAACCCUAACCCUACCCCUAAACCUAACCCUCAUAAAAAACUUUCUGUAUUUUUACAUUUUCAAUAAAACAUCGUUUAGUAUGUUUUUUUUAAGCGAUUUGAAUUAUGGGGACACUAGAAAUGUCCUCAUAAACCACAUUUAUAGCAUAAUACCCUUGUAACUACCAGUUUGUAACCUAAAAAAAGUCCUCGUAAACCACUUAAACUUGCCCACACCCACUCACUCACUAGAUAGGUACAUUUCCUGAAGAAAAUGUGAGUGGCGCUUGCCGUGGCAAAAUUUCUCACCACGUUGUCCCACCAACUGCCCCAAGUUGAAAAAGGUAACUUACAUGACAGUAGGAUGUUCUGGUCCAGAUAUAUUGGUGUUGUUCCAUGGUUGCUAGGGUAACCACAUCUGGUUGCUAGGCAGUUACCAGGGUGAUACUUAUCAAGGCUCCUUGCUAUCCUGAGUGAAAUAAGUCAACCCUCAAGUCUCUACGAUUUUCUGGUGCAGAGGUAUGUGUUUUGCUAUUUGGUUGCUAGUGUAAGCCAGUGUGGUUGAUAGGCAGUUGCCAGGGUGAUACUAAGAAGGCUGCUUUCUGUCUUGAGUCAUACAAGCCAACAAUUAAUUCUCUACGACAUUCUGAUCCUGAGAUACACAUCUAAGCGAUUUAGAAUGGAAGUCAAUGGGAUUUGGUUGCUAGGGUGCUCUAAAUGGUUCCUAGGGCAUGGCUAAGUAGUUUCCAUGAUGAUACUUGAAGACUUAUUGCUCAACCAAGUUAAACAAGCCAACUCUCAUUUCUCUAGGACAUUCUGAUCCGAAGAUAUCCCUCUCAGACUCUUUGAAUGGAUGUCAAUGGGGCUGGUUGCUAGGGUGCUCUAAAUGGUUGCUAGGGAGUGGUUAACCAUUAAACAGAGUGAUUCUUAUUGGCUGCUUACUAACCUGACUCAAAGGCACAAAUCCGCAAGUCUCUAAGACAUUCUGUUCUGAAGAUAUACAAGUCUUUAUUAUAGUGGAUUUUUUUACAUAAAUUAUAACUUUAUCACAAAAAAUGAAUGACACUUCCAUUGUUAAAUGUGAUCUAGCAGAGAUUAAUUGCAAACAUUAAUCAUAUAUGUUAUCUAUAUUGUUUGGAAUUGAGAUAAAGACAAUAUAUGUUAAGGAGUUUUUUUAUGUAAAUCUUUAUUUCUGAAUUGCUUUUAAAACCCCAAUAAUGUCCCGGGUCAAUUUGACCCGAACAGUACCAAAGGGUCCAAAAAGUGAACAUCACACAAGGGUUAAGAAUAAAGUACAUGCUCCACCAUGCUUACUGUGAUUUAACCAAACCGGACCAAACCAAAUGUCACUGGAUUAACAUCCUUCUUGGCAAUGAAAAAAAACUUUUCUAUCAUGUAUCAUGCCUUUCUGAUUUCAGUUAGGACUAUGAUUGUUAGGAAUGUUGUUCCUCAACCAAUAAAUAAUGCUCAAUAAUGAACAUGUACUACUUAGGUAAAUCAUGCCGUGCCACCAAACAUAUAUCUGUUAACAAUUUUUAACCAUUUCCAAUUCUCUCGCUCUCUAUCAAUUUGAUUAUUUUCCUCGCUGAGUCCUCUGUUGUAUCCAUUAGGUAAAUGUUUGAGUGGAUUAGGCAUUAGACCUGUAAACCUUGCCGUAAACCCAAAAGGCCUUGUGUGUGUGCAUCUGUCCAUGUCUGUCUCAUAUUUAUUUUCACCGUGUGACGAGGAGGAGGGCCCUAAUUGGGCUAAUCAGACGAGGAGAGGGAUAAGUGCAGCGGAAUGCGGCAGUUCGGGAGAGAGAGAGAGCCAUAUGCAGCUGCCGUGUGUGUAUUUGUGUUUGUGUCUUUUUGUUUAAGUUCUUAUUAAAAUAUUAUUUUGACUGUUCAGCCAGUUCCCGCCUCCUCCUUUCCCAUUUGAACCCUGUUACAUUGGUGCCGAAACCUGGGAAGGAGGAGGGAUGUGCUGUCGUGGAGUCCUCGCCACUGCCAUCCACCCAAAGGAGCAGCCGCGGCCAUCCCCAGGGGGACGGAGGAGUUGCUGCCGGCCGCCUGGACGCAGAGGAACGGCCGUCAUCCGCGAGGGGAGGAGGGGCUCGCUGCCGGCCGCCUGGAGCGGUGGGGCUGCUGCCAGGGGCAGAGGAGUUCGCUACCGGCCAACAAAAUGCAGAGGGGCAUUCCAUCUGCCAGGGGUCGGGGGACUGGCUCCGGUCCAUCCGGGGAGGAGCGGCUGUCGUCCGCCAGAGGGUGGAGGAGUGAUUGAGGACCAGGCGACGGCAUGUCUGGGAACCGGCGAGCAAGUUUUUUUUCUCUCUCUCCUCUCUCUCUCUCACUGUCGCUCUGCCUUGCCCUUUCCCUCUCCUCUUUUUUUUUUCCCUCCCCUUGUCCCCCUCCCCAGCCCUAGAAAGAUGGGGAAAAGCCUGCCAGUAGGUGGGUCCAGAAGGGCAGGAGUGUGAUGAGGAGGAGGGCGGGGCCGGGCCGUGACUACGUAAGCCCGGCCCCCAAUCAGGCUAAUCAGAUGAGGAGAGGGAUAAGUGUAGCGGAAUGCGGCAGUUCAGGAGAGAGAGAGCCAUAUGCAGCUGCCGUGUGUAUUUGUGUUUGUGUCUUUUUGUUUAAGUUCUUAUUAAAAUAUUACUUUGACUGUUCAGCCAGUUCCCGCCUCCUCCUUUCCCAUUUGAACCCUGUUACACACUGUUUCAUAAGUAUACUGCUCAAGCACUUGAUUAAGAAAUUAUAAUUUGCUUACUGACUUAUAAACAAACAGAUUAGUGAAACAGCCUUUUCCUCAUGUCAAGACUCUAAUUACUGAUAGCCUCACUUCAGAACUUGUGAAAGUCUUUUAUUCUAUGCAUAAUCUUACUGUAAUUAGCUCACCUGGGUACCUACAGGUCUAUGUUUGAUACUCUGAGGUCUACACAACUCGGUGCCACCAAAGCAUUUCAGGGUGCAAAAAAUGUAUGUGGAAAAAGACAGGGUAGAAACAACAAACAACAAAAGAAACAACAUAUAGACCAGGAAAUUUGUGAAAGAUCAGAGACCUCGAGUCUCUGUUAUAAAACAGUGUUAGCUGUGUUGGGAAUGUGGGGGCUGAUGGCAGCUCACUCAAUAACAUCUGAACGUGGACCAAACUAUAAUCAAAGACUUGUGAGCCAUCUUCAGUAUGUGGUCUAGUUUAAGACAUAAACAGCUUGUCACGUUUCAUCAAACAUGAUCAGAGAUUUUUAGUUGAAAUAAUAUAGACAUAUUAUGCUAGAACACAAACUUUACAGACCAUCUUCUGUACAAAAUUUGGUUGAAGAAAUAAAAUCAUAGUUUAGAUAUGUUCAUGGGUUGACAUAAAAUGACAGCAGAGUCUUGCUUUUUUGUGUCACGUUCAAUGUGAAAGGGCCUUCAGUCAACACAUGCCAAAUGAAAAUGAUACCACACACAAUUACACACACAUGUGUGUCCGAAACUGGAUGGCCCACAUUGCUAGUAGUUCCCUUAAUCUGAAAAAUGUCAUAAUUCCUGCUAGGAUUACCUCUCUUCCCUCACUUUCACAGAAAAUCCAGGAGUAUAAUCUGAAACACAAGCAAAGGUUUACUGCCAGAUGUGUGUGACAGAACAAACGGCUGACCUUAUUUUGACACAAAAACACACUUUCAGUGUUCCUCCCCAUAAUAACAUACUGUGGAGGUACCAUGGUAAAGUUAUGGUAUCAAAUGGUAAAAAAAGUAAGAAAGAAAGAAACAAAAAAAGAAAAUGCAAAAGAAAGAAAGAAAGAAAGAAAGAAAGAAAGAAAGAAAGAAAGAAAGAAAAGAAUUGUAGGGAGGGAGGAAAGAAGGAUGGAAGGAAGGAAGGAACAAACAAAAUAAAGUAAGAAAAAAAGAAGGAAGGAAGGAAAGAAGGAAGGAUGAACAAAAUAAAAAAGUAUUAAAGAAAGGAAGAACAAAAGAAAAGAAAGAAAGAAAUAAAGAAAAAAGAAAGGAAGAAAGAAAAGAAAGAAAAUGCAAAAGAAAGAAGAACAAAAUAAAGUAUUAAAGAAAGAAAGGAAGAACAAAAGAAAAAAAUAUUAAAGAAAGAAAGAAAGAAAGAAAAGUAGGAAGGAACAACAAAAUAAAAUAAAUAAAGAAUGAAAGAAUGAAAGUGCAAAAGAAAGAAAGGAAGAACAAAAGAAAAGAAAGAAAGAAUGAAAGCGCAAAAGAAAGUGCAAAAGAAAGAAAGGAAGAACAAAAGAAAAGAAAGAAAGAAUGAAAGAAAGAAAGUGCAAAAGAAAAUAGAGAAAGAACAAAAGAAUAUAGAUAAAUAAAUAUGGAAAGAAAGAAAGAAAGAAAGUGCAAAAGAAAAUAGAGAAAGAACAAAAGAAUAUAGAUAAAUAAAUAUGGAAAGAAAGAAAGAAUAUAGAUAAAGAAAGAAAGAAAGAAAGAAAGAAAGAAAGAAAGAAAGAAAGAACAAAAUAAAAUAAAGAAUGAAAGAAAGAAUGAAAGAAAGAAAGAAAGAAAGGAAGAAAGAAAGAACAAAAUAAUAUAAAUAAUUAAAUAUGGAAAGAAAGAAAGAAAGAAAAAGAAAGAAACUGCUUGUACUAGGCGGAAGUGUUCAGGUCACGUGAACCGGUGCGUCUCCAUGACAACAGCAGUGGAGGAGAGUAUCUUUUCAUAACGCGACAGAACGGUAGGUAAAUAGAUUAUGACAAUAAAACUUUAUCAAUUAAGGUGCUUUAAAGUUAUUUAUUUCUCCAUGCAUUUCCAAUGGACGCGUUUAAGCCCAUGCGAACAUGAAUCGGGUUAGUUAGCUAGCUAGCAUUAGCACAGAAAUGCUAAAAACAAACGCUAAUCUGAUACAUGUGAGUCCAUUUAUCAUCAUAUGUAUCUGCGAUACUUUUAGAUAAUGAUUUACUGCAGACUAAAACGUCUCUAAUGUUUUGUAAUUACUUUUUUAUUUUUUUUAUUUUAUAUGAAUUAAUUCGGUACCUUGUAAUUAAGUAUUAAAGGCACUGAACUUGCCACCUUUGUUUUUCUCUUCUUAUCUCUCUGUUUAUUCAUCUUAAACAAGAGUGUGUUUCUAAAAGACGUGUUGGCUGUCUAUGCGGGUGCAUUUGUAAUGUACAGUACAUUAGAAAUGCCUUUAAAGGGAUAUUUUAUCCAAAAAGAAAAUUAUUAUGUACCCACCCUUGUGUUGUUCCGUAUGGCAAAGUUAAGAGCAAUUAAAAAAAAAGAAGAAGAAAAAAAAAAAAACAUGUAAAUGUGUAUGAACAGUAAAACAGUGUAAAGUGCCACAGCUGUGUAGUGUGGAAAAACCUGCUUCUUACUGACUCAUCUCUCUCCAUUUCUCUCUUACAGUAAGGGAAAAGCAUGGCAGAAACCGUUGAUGUUAAAAAAGAGGAGGCCGACUACAAAAGACUGCACAGCUUUCCGCUCAUCCGGCACACAGAUAUGCCAGAAGAAAUGCGAGUGGAGACAAUGGAGCUCUGUGUCACAGCCUGUGAGAAAUUUGCCACCAAUAAUGAGAGUGCUGCCAAAAUGAUCAAGGAGUCUAUGGAUAAGAAGUUUGGCAAUUCAUGGCAUGUGGUGAUCGGUGAAGGGUUUGGGUUUGAGGUGACCCAUGAAGUGAGGAACCUGCUGUAUAUGUUCUUCGGGGGAAGUCUGGCCGUUUGUGUGUGGAAAUGCUCUUGAUGUCACUUCCUGGCAACAACAUCACCACUGUGAGAUGUUUAUACUCACAGACCUGUCUUAACUAUGCAGCCCUAUUUGACUUGACUAUAUGUAUAUGUGUGUGUGUGUGUGUGUGUGUGUGCACGCAUGCAUGCGUGCACAAUUGUGUGAGUGAAAUUGUGUGUGAGGGGCAAAGAGAAAGAGCGAAACAGAUUCCUGAGCAUUUCACUCACUUUCUGAGUGAAAAUCCCAGGAGAUCAGCAGUUACAGAAAUACUCAAACCAGCCCGUCUGGCACCAACAAUCAUCCAUGCUAAUCUAAUCAGCCAAUCGUGUGGCUGCAGUGCAUAAAAUCAUGCAGAUACGGGUCAGGAGCUUCAGUUAAUGUUCACAUCAACCAUCAGAAUGGGGAAAAAUGUGAUCUCAGUGAUUUUGACCGUGGCAUGAUUGUUGGUUCCAGACGGGCUGGUUUGAGUAUUUCUGUAACUGCUGAUCUCCUGGGAUUUUCACGCACAACAGUCUCAAGAAUUUACUCAGAAUGGUGCCAAAAACAAAAAACAUCCAGUGAGCGGUAGUUCUGUGGACGGAAACACCUUGUUGAUGAGAGAGGUCAACAGAGAAUGGCCAGACUGGUUAGAACUGAGAAAGUCUACGGUAACUCAGAUAACCGCUCUGUACAAUUGUGGUGAGAAGAAUAGUAUCUCAGAAUGCUGUUCUCAGAUGCGGGUUGGCGCUGUUUUGGCAGCACGAGGGGGACAUACACAAUAUUAGGCAGGUGGUUUUAAUGUUGUGGCUGAUUGGUGUAUGUGUGUGUGUGUGUGUAUAUAUAUAUAUAUAUAUAUAUAUAUGUAUGUAUGUAUGUAUAUAAUAUAUAUAUAAAGUGAAAAAUCAACAUUAUGCCACAAACACUGUUGAUUGAGUUAAACUUGUAUUGAACCCGGAACAUUCUAUCAAAACACGGAUUUAAAGUCAACAUGUAAUCAAAAUUGACCCUAUUAACUUUAUUACUUUGUUGUGGUCUUAUUGUGCACGAUUCAUUGGUGUACUUUAAUCCAGAGAAGAAAUAUGUUUAUCUUUGUAAUUUUUCAUCAAAAUGAAAUAACUAGCUCCUCUCAAACAGCUUUGCUUUUUGGCUGAUGUCACCAAGCCCUCUUAUUUUUAAACCCUGCUCCUUCAACCAAAUGGCUUCAUUUUUUCCUUUACUAUUCACAAUCCAAUUAAUUCCCAUUGGAUAAAACAAAGUGCCACCCUAAUUUUUUUUUUUUAAAUGCAUCGUAUUACGCAAGUAAAAUGGGUUGUGAAUGAUUUCAUGCUGACUUUAAGGUAGGUUUGGAAGAAAUCACUGACUUAGUUUACAUGGACAAUACAAAGCCAUUUAUUGCGAGAAUGCUGCUUGAGGCUCGAAAUCAGUGUAUGCGUUUACUUGAGCUGUGUUCGCAGCUUUAUCUUUACUUUUUUGCUUUCUCUUUACUCGAGAAAUUCCUUACAUUUAACUUUUUUCUCUUUUCUCUUGUUUACAUCCGGCACGGUCAGCAAGCAGCUUUCUUAACAGCAACUUAAUUUCCCUGCGAUGCUUGAGUAAAUAAACAAACAUGGCAUCCAAGGAAGGCUUCGCUAUUUUAUUCUCCGUUGCUUCGCUUUGUUUCCAGAUAUUCCAGAGUUGUUGCUGUGUUUGUUUCCAUUGCAUCCUGCAGCGGAAUUGCACGGCAAAAGUGGGAUUUCCUUCUUAUGUAAAACUCCUGGAUACCCCAAUGUACAAGCGCAUAUACGCGAAUGUGAGGGACUGUCAAUAUUUUACAUUGUCAUUUAGAAAUGUGUAUAGUUUAUAGUGUAUGUGCUUUUCCCAUUGUACUCCCAGAAAUGUUGAAUUCUUUCCGCUGUGUCGACUUGUUGUUGGGCUCCAUCCAAUGACGUUUAUUCUCCGGUCAGUUCCACCCACAUGCGCACAUCUCAAAAAGCUGUAACAAUGGUGCUGAUGCGUUUACUUGGCCAGAUAAGCUGUGUUCUCCGGUAGAAACCUGGGUGUUACACCACUUUCUCUUAAUCCUUUAAACGGUAUAAGAAAACCGGCAUUGUAGUUUACAUGACUUUUCAGAAUGCCGCUUUCUGCUACAACCCUAGAAUAAACCGUUUUUUUAAGUGCAUUUAAAUGUGGUCACUGGGAAGUGAAAUACAUAGAGAUGCAUUUGUGGAUGAACAUACACUGCUAUCCUCUGUAACAACUUAAGUGUCAAUGUGCAGUUCUAUUCUUUUGUAUUUGUUUGGCACAUUGACUUUGGAGUGUGUUUGCUAUGUGAGGCAAUGCAGGACAGAAUGUGUAUUGCACUCCAAUUCAUGUGUCAUCUUGAAAAUGCAUCUUUCUCUCUGUCCUUCUGUCUCUCUCUUUUAUUCUGUUUCCUGUCCAACAAUGUACUGUGUCUCUCUCCGUGGGCUGCUCUGCCACCUGUUUUAAAUUACUCUCUCACUCACUGUUGUUCUUUUCUACUGUCUUUCAGUCUCACCUCUCAGGAAUCUUGUGUUGUCUAUUUUCCCCUCUUUACGUAACCAGCAUUUGUAAUGUAUGAAUACUUGAACACUAUGUAAAGUUUUUUAUUUUUAUUAGGCGACUUGAAGGUUUCUUAAGUGACACAAUAAUAAUACAACUAGUAUUGUUCCUUUUUCAACCAUUUUACAGCCCUGAAUUUCAUAAAUUCUAAAGCCUGAAUCCACAAACUAUUAAUGUACUUUUCAUAAGGGGCCGUUCAUACCGAACUUGUCCUUGUGCCAAAAACAUGCUAGACGCAGCAUGAAUAGAGUGGGUCUUUGAAGAUUUUGUUUUUUAAAGUGGUCCAGACACAUGCAAAAGCUGGUUUGGUGUGAACGACCCCUUGAGUUAGUAUUCUUUAGACCUGUUCAGGCGGUAAUUGUUGUUUUACAUUGGGCUGUGAUGUCAUUUCAGCAUUUACAGGUGCUAGUUGGUAAUUUUGUUGCAGUCCAAAUCGGAAAUGACACUGAUUUUUCUUAGGAGAAAAAUCUCAGACUAAUUACAGUACUGACUGAUGUUUGAUAAACACCAGAUUUGUGUGAUCAUUUAUUUCCAGUCUGAAUUGACAUCUAUGUGUUUACAAGGAGAAACAAGCCUGAAAGUUGUUUUUUAAAUCUUUUUGACCACUGCUAAUUGCCGUGGAGUUAUGUUUGACACUUUCGGUAAUGAUAAUUUGGGUAUUUGGAUCUAAUAUUGUCCAAAUGUUUUAUCCAAUGUUUUAGCCAUGUGUGAUUCCUUCUUCCAGGUUGGACAGCAACUCCCUCGAACCCUUGUGAAUUAAUGCACGAGUUGUAGCACAAAGGAGCAAUGCAAAUGCUCUUUUACAGACAUUCUGAGAAACAAUUACCACCCGAAUAGUGCUUUGACCUCAGCUAUGGUAAAGUGCUGUACAGUUUGUUUGUUUUUUUGUUUUGUUUUUUUUUCAGAAUGUUCUAUACUUCUCUUCCUGCAGUUCUAAAAUGCAGUAAUCACCCCUGAAAUUGUAUUUUUAUUUGGACUUUUAAUGACUAUUCAAAUCUUCUGUUCAAUUUUGUAAUAAUUUUUAUGUCAACACUGUGCAAUAAUUGCUCUGUUUAGAUAAAUAAAAUUGAACAAAGA